AUGGCGAACAACCAAGGGUUGCUACCUAGCCAGUUCAUCGUGAACCCAAAUCUCGCCCGAAGACGGGAAUCUGAAUGGAGUAAGCCAUAUCCCAAGUUAGUUCUCGAGUUGAGCAGCCGUGAAUUACAGAGACUAGCCGGAGUAUUUCAUCUAGAUAACACAAUCUGCCAAGGAAGGAACAUACCACGAAUCCGACGGCUAGUCGAAGCCCUGCCAAACCGGCUACGAUGUGGACGAAUUCGCAGACUAACAACGAGACUCAAAUCUCCUCUAUGUCAACUGCAUAAGACCAUCAACCCCUAUCUAGUGGAUCAGUAUACUGGGCUUAUACAGAGCGAAGUCACGACUAAAUUGAAGCAUAUGGAUGCAUUUCCCGAUAUAGUCAGCGCAGUUGAGGCUGAAGUCUUGAAAGAUGUUCGUGCGAUAAGGGGCAUGUGGCUCAAACCUGGUUCAAGCGAUCUUUCUCCUGGAGCUUGGGAAUAUCAGAUUAAUCUAUGUGGGGGAUGUCAGCUAGCUCGCAUAGCCUCGAACAAAGAUCUCCUCCGAGAUUUAAGGACGGUGGUACUGAGUCGGGGGAGGACCCAUAUUAACCCCGGUGUGAGAGACCGUCAAUAUUCUCGUACAGCAAGGCUGACCCCUUUCCUGAAUGAGUGUAUUUAUCAAUUUGGUGAUCCAGUCGCCGAAGAACUGCUGCUGACAGGUGCGAUUAUGGCUGAGCAUAUGAAGGAAACGCGCAAGAAGUGUGUUAUUGCUUGGAGGCUGGAUCCAAGCCGGCCACAUAGGCACAAGUAUAAGCCGCGUAGCUCCAACGCGCCUGCCACUCGCCCCGAAGAUAAUCCUUCUAGUUCGCGUGAACAGAGGGUAUCGCAAGAGCGUGAGUACAGAACAUCCCGCAAUGAUCCCAGAAAAAGUCCUUCUAACUCGCGGGAACCAAAGGCUUCUCGAGAGCAUGAGAGCAGGAAAUCUCGCAGACUAGGUCCGUCUACCACGCGCUCAAUUGGUACACUAACCACCGAAGAGCAGAGAACCAGCACGCAAAACUUAUACCAAGUAUUUAAGCGACUUUCACUCGAACAGCAAAGAGCCGAGAUGGAAAAGGUCUUUGAAGGACUUCAGCGACCAACACUCAAAGAGCAAAUGAGUGUGGUGCAUAAAUUCUUCAAAGGGCUUGAGCAGAGAGGUGGGGGAAAAGAAGUGUACGAAUCACUGAGGCAAGGAACGCUCGAAGAGCAGAUGCGUCAUAUGUAUAGAUUCUUCCAAGAUCUUGAGUACGACAUACCUUCUUCUUCCUACUCUCAAGACGAAUUAGUUCCUGUACCCUUGAGAACGCUCGAGACAAGCCGAGCCGGCAAUCAAGAUGGGCAAAACGACGAGACAGAAUCUGUUAACCCUGAAGUUGAGGAGUAUCUAGAACAACUGAGAAGACAGUCAAAUGCUUCCAUUGGAGACUGGACAGAUAAUGAACAUGAGAUUGAGGAGUUGAGCAAGGUAAGUGAGUAG